AUAUCUGAUUAUUUGUGGCAGCUGAGGCUGGGGGCUGGAAGCAGUCUGAGUUCUUUUUUUUAUUUCUUGACGGUAUCGUUUGUCGACAGUUUUGUUCAGUUUUUUGUUGAUUUACAAAGUACCAUGACUGAACAAUCCGCGCUACUUCUUCGAAAGCAACUGGCAGAGCUCAACAAGAACCCUGUUGAGGGAUUUUCUGCUGGGCUCAUUGACGAUGAUGACAUCUACAAAUGGGAGGUAGUCAUCAUAGGCCCACAGGACACUCUCUUUGAAGGAGGCUUUUUUAAAGCAUACUUGACCUUCCCGUAUGACUACCCUCUGCGGCCACCAAAGAUGAAGUUCAUCACUGAGCUCUGGCACCCCAAUGUGGCCAAAAACGGGGACGUUUGCAUCUCGAUCCUGCACGAGCCCGGUGAGGACAAGUUUGGCUACGAGAAGCCGGAGGAACGCUGGUUGCCCAUCCACACAGUGGAGACCAUCAUGAUCAGCGUCAUUUCCAUGCUAGCUGACCCCAACAGCGACUCGCCCGCCAACGUGGAUGCCGCGAAAGAAUGGCGGGAGGACCCAAUAGGCGAGUUCAAGAGGAAGGUAGCCCGCUGUGUACGAAAAAGCCAAGAGAUGGCAUUUGAUUAACCCCUGCCUCUCUCCAUCUUUGUGGAUUACCCAUGCUAAACUAAUCUGUUUCAUGAGAGGCCCACCCUUGCCCUUCAGAGGAGGACUCUCACCCAUUAAUUGUAAA